AUGUCCAUAUCUCCUCCCCGCACCCCAGGUGAGGACCGCCUUUCAGCCCAAUUCACCGCCGUAAAGUCGACCACGCCGACCUCCGAUACCUCUUCCAUCAUCGACGAUGUCUCUUUUGACUACGUUUGGGACAAGCAGGGCAAUUUCAUUCGUAAAUCAAAAGACGAAAUGUCUCCAAAACCCGACCUCGGUUCAAAUCCAUCAUCGCCGCCCACACCUCCGGAAUCACCUUCUCAACCCGAACCUGUUCCCAAACCACCGUCUCCAGAUAUCCUGGACUCCCCAUUAACCAAGGGACCGCUUUCUCGGUCAGAAAGCGCGUAUCCGAUUCUCACAGGGUCUGGCGCUGGUGCUGCUUCCACGCAGACUGACAUGCCUGUGAGGCUCUUUCAACGGGUCGCGUCUGGCCCCGCAAUUGCCAUGGCAUCUAAUCUGCCUCCAACAACCUCGACUGUACAAUCUAAGCCACGCAUAGUGGCACGGCGUGUAACAAUGGAAGAUGGGCGCGAUAGACAGGAAUCUGUUGCCUCCUCGCGGUCGCGUCAAACAUUAGACUCGAAUGCACCAAAUUACGCCCUCAUAGAAGAGAAGGAAAACAUCAGCGAUGCCGACGAGAUCCCUCAUGCGGAAAUCCAGAGAGCAUCCAUUGCCACGAAGAUGCGGAGCUCGCCACCGCUGGUGACACGCUCCAUGUCGUCAGCUAGCUCACGCGUCCCUGCUGCCCGCGCAGCAUACCUGGCAAACGGUGCGAGCAGCCUGGGCGGCAAACCACUAGCUGAUGUCCCUGUUCCCCAAAGGACACAGUACUCGCGCCCAAAUUUGGCCGGAACGCGUGCAGGGCGUAUAAUGAAAACGACUUCCGGUGCUAAAUACGUUAGCUCAUCGACAGCGGCAAAUUUUGACCGGAUUUCCGAGCUCGAGGCUAGUGAUAACGAGAAUGCUGGAAGUCGCUACUGUCCGAAGGUUUCCGUGGGGGGAGAAGAUACCGAACCAGAGGAUGAGCCUGCACGCGUUGCUGUGGACCCUGCCAUGAUCCCCUUACCUGCAGCAUCAAUUCCUUCCUCGAUGGCGCCUGUAGGUAUGGUGCGCUCCAGGACACAAUUAAACGUCAAUACCGGUGCAUCUAGCUCGUCUCUGUCAGUAGCUGGAAGCAACCGUCCUAGGAGAUCAGCUAGUUUGAGUGAAGCGGGUUUAAACAACGAUGAAUACCAGCUGCAACUACAGCAGCAAUAUCAAAACCCGCACUCACGACCGGGGACCAGCCUCGGCCUAAAUGGCGAACCUGCAGUAGGAGCGCGGAGAAUUGCUGCGCAACAACGAGAGAAGCAGGGCGCGGAAGCCCGAGCUAUCAAUCAGAAAUACCUUGCGGAAGCCCCGGAACGUCGUGAACACGAAGUACGCCAGCAGCAGUUAUCACGUCAGUCACCUUCUCCUACCCACAGCCAACAUGCACCGUCCUCGAAACCUGUUCUUGGACACAAGCGACGAGACUCAGACACGUUGCGUAUGGCACCACCACCUUUGUCCGCUACUAUUAUGACUGGCUCUCCCACCGUCGUUGAACAUCAACGCGCGUCACCGCCACUUUCAUCCCGUCUGCAAGUGCGAAAUUCGCCUCCAAAUGGCAAAGGUCGUAUAUCUCCGAUAAGCAAAGGUCGUGCAUCUCCCCCAGCAGCUACGAAAGGGCGCGUUUCGCCGCCCACGGCAAAAGGUCGUCUGUCUCCUAAUCCUGUUGUGGCAAAGGAGCUGGCGAAACAUCGACGAAGUCCAACUGCACCUGAAUCCCGGAACCUGGAAGUUGCUCCAGAAAAGUCUCAGCCUGUGGGCAAGACGUGGGCAGCUGCCGAUAGAAGGGAUAGUAACGAAGAGUUCGAAUUUGCAGUUCCAGCUCUCCCUGCAGGCAGAGAACGCGAAAGGGAAAGACAACAAGACAGAGAACGAGAAAGAGAGUACCAGCCAGACAAUCGAGACAGGGAGCGACGGAGUCACCAACCACAAUUGUCGUUGCCGCAAUACCCCCAGUCGGCUCCGUCGAUUGCAGGCUCGUCUUCUCAGGCUUCCAAUCUUCAAGCUCCAAAUUUACCAGGCAGCAGGCAUAUGGUGGUGAAUAAAAAAGCGUAUGCUCGACUGGAUAUGAUUGGAAAAGGAGGUUCCUCACGCGUCUAUCGCGUCCUGAGUGCUCAAAAUGAGCUAUACGCUGUCAAACGUGUGUCUCUGGACAAGACCGACGCGGAAACAAUGAGCGGUUAUAUGAAUGAAAUUGCGCUGCUCAAACGCCUCGAUGGGAACAGAAGGAUUAUCAGGUUGAUUGACAGCGAGUUGAAGCCGGGCAUUCACGGGGGCAAAGGGCAUCUAUUGCUUGUGAUGGAGUGCGGAGAGAUUGACCUGGCGAAGCUUUUGGCUGACCAGAUGAAGGAAAAAGUCAGCAUGAUCUGGGUGGCAUAUUAUUGGCAGCAGAUGCUCGAGGCGGUACAAGUAAUUCAUGAGGAGAAGAUUGUACACUCUGAUCUGAAACCUGCUAACUUCGUGUUGGUACGAGGCCAGCUGAAACUCAUUGAUUUUGGGAUUGCCAACGCCAUUGCCAAUGACACGACUAACAUUCAACGAGACCACCAGAUUGGUACUGUGAAUUAUAUGAGUCCUGAGGCAAUCGAACUGCCCGACGGAAUGCGUAGACUUAAAGUGGGCAGAGCUUCGGACGUCUGGUCAUUAGGCUGCAUCCUGUACCAGAUGGUCUAUGGUCACCCGCCGUUCCAACAUCUUUCCGUUUACCAGAAGAUGAAAGCCAUCCCGGAUUCAUCCUACGAUAUUGACUAUCCAGAAUUCACUACACCUACUGUCGCACCUUCUCGAAACUCCAAUGGCGGUGCAAACGAUGCAGUGGAACCACCAACGAAGCUAGAGCAUUUAAAACAGAAAGUUAGACCGGAUGUGAUCGAGACGAUGAAAAAGUGUUUGUGUAGGAAUCCUAAAGAUCGCGCUGACAUUACCAAUGAUUUGCUCAAGGACGGGUGGUUGACGAUGCAGAGUGUAGAACCCUCACCUCCGAACUUGAAGGAACUCUUGCAAGAGGAUGAGACCGUGAUUGACCCGCAUUAUAUGAGCCAGCUGUUGGUUUACGGAAUCAAGUUGGCCGAGUCGUCGCCCGAUCCAUCUCAAGAAUAUUUGCUGUCGGAAGCCAAGCGAUUGGUUCAGGAGCUACGAGCAAUACGCCAUCAGUAA